AUGUUGAAGGUUCUGCAAAGGUAAACUAUCAUUUAUAGAGUCAUGUCUAGUUUCAGAGCAACGAACCUUCAAUGGUCCCUUCGGCCAAUGUCUAUGACGUCUCGUCUUAUGGGCGAAGAUGUCUCAGUUCCUGACCCGGAUAAGAAUGGAGAAGCUCCGAAAACGUUCAACGUUCUCUUUGAAUUUUUGGACAAGAAGGAAACAUUUGGAUCUGAAGAAUUGCGACCAAAAGAAAGACCUGGCCGAUCUUGGUCAUUAGAUGAGCUGAGAUUAAAGAGUAAUCAAGAUUUGCACAAAUUAUGGUAUGCAACAAAAGUAAUUUACAAUUACUUUUGCUUAGUUUAGGUAUGUUCUCUUAAAAGAGCGGAAUGUAUUGCUGACAAUGAGAGCAGCACAUGAAAAGAGAGGACUUUAUUAUCAGAAUCCAGAAAGAUUGGAUAGAAUUAAAGAGGUAAGUUAAAGAUUAUUUGUAAUUUUGUUCUUUCUUUUAGAGCAUGGAAAAUCUCGAAGAAAUUGUACACGAACGAAAUGAUGCUGUAUUGAGGCUGGAGACAGGAGAUUCCGCCUCUCCAAGGCUUCGAAGAGUAACCUCGCCAGUUGGUUUCACCUAUGAGUAAGCGAUAUUUUUUUCGACCGAUUUGAAUUGGUUGUAACUUUUCAUUUUUUCUGUUAAGUGACAAUGACAAGAUUCUUUUUUUACUUGAAUCCUCAGAGGGGGUUUGCUAUGGGUAUCUUCGACCGUUUCGAGAUACGACCGAUUUUCGAGAUUUUUUUUGUAUUCGUUAUGAAAAUGACGGAAUUUCGGGGUUUUUAUAACAUAUUUGGUAUCAAAAAAAAAAUGGCAGAUCCUGAGGAUUCAUGUAAAAAAGGAAUCUUGUUUGUUUGGCCGAAAAAUUAAAACGUUACGGCGAAUAAAAAAAUCACCGCAGCCUGUACAUUAAUUUCUAGGAAGCCUGUGGAAGAACAUCUAGAGCCAUUUGAAGUUUCGAAUUCGAAGGAAUAUGAGAUUCCUGACUUAUCUCACGAACAAAGAUUAACACAGAAACUUUGGCAUGAGAAACAGGAGAUGAAGAGGCGGAUAAAGGAGUAUGAUGAGUACUGGAAACAAGAGUGGGACGAUGACAAAGAGAAAUUUAGACGAGGACUCCGUGUUCAUUACAAACAUGUUGAUCAUUUACCUGAGAAUGUGGCCAGAAAGAGGGCGGAAGAGAGAGAACAGACAAUUGAGAGAUACUUUUAG